ACAUCUUCUGAUGUCGUCAGACUGGUCACUCUCGACAUUAGCUGCGCCGCGAAACAAGCUUACGGCAUCAAAUUAACAUUCUAUUGUAUUUCUUAAUUAAAUAAAGCAGUAUCUACAUAAGUUACUAUAUUGGGGACCCCGACGUGAUAAACAAAAUGCUGAAUACCGAAACCCGAAUACGCGCCGGCAGCUGGCACAUGUGUCGUGGACGAUUUGAAACGCGACAUCGCUGCCAUCAAGGCUGCUUUAACUAUUCUGCAGAACAUGCAUUCUCCCAGCCAUUCUCGCCCAGCCGAUCUCAACGAGCAGCAACUCCGAGCACCACGUGUCUGCUUUUAUCAUGCCAAAUUCGGACCUAAUGCACGAAAAUGCUCCUCGCCCUGUGCCUGGGUGCCACAGCAGGGAAACUAAAGAAUCUGUCAUCUGUUCAGGCGACUGGUGACAGCAGAUCUCCAAGCACUCGCCCCUCAAAGGAGUACUGACUUCACAUAAUCGAUCGUAAUACUAACAUAAAAUUCGUAGAUCUCCAAGCACUCGCCCCUCAAAGGAGUACUGACUUCACAUAAUCGAUCGUAAUACUAACAUAAAAUUCGUUAUCGAUUCCGGAUCAGUCAUCUCUUUCAUACAUGUUUCCAUAAUCAAGGGAAUGCAUCGUCGCAAAGACGACUUCAAACUCUACGCGGCCUUAACCUACGGCGUAAGUUUACCUGGUCGUUCGUCGAUGCGAAUGAUGUCCAAUCAGCAGUCAUCGGAGCAGAUUUCCUCACGCACCUCGGCCUCAUCCUCGACCUCAAGGGCCCAAAUUAAUUAGUGCCUCACCACCGGCACGCCGGGAUUUCGAUCUCUCACUCUAGCAAGGAGUGAUUCGUCUCUCCAUCAGCCAAUGGGCCAGUCCUAUUCAUUCUCCAAGAAGAGCAACAAAUGGCGCACUACUGGUGAUUAUCGCAAACUUCAUGCUUCCCUUAUUCCAGAUCGCUACCCGAUUUCCCAUGGGGCAGACAUUCUUCAACGUCUGCAUGGAUGCUCGGUUUUCUCCACAAUCGAUUUGGUGCGUGCCUACCGCAGGUUCCCAGUCGCGCCAGAUGAUAUUCCGAAAACAGCCGUCACUACACCGUUCGGCCUUUUCGAGUUCGUCGGCAUGCCAACCGGACUGCGCAAUGCCGCGCAAACCUUCCAGCGCCACAUGGACAACCUGCUUCGUGGCAUUCCAUUCGUAGGAUGCUAUAUAUAUAUAUAUAUAUAUUUUUUUUUUUUAAAUUAAUACUUUGUCUGUAUUUUCUUUACGUCUGUAUUUUCUUACAUAAAAAAAAAAAAAAAUUUACGUGCAAAUGAAGUACAACGGA